AUGACGCACGCGAAACUCUCGGACCAACUACUCCAUCACUUCACCCAGUCCUUCAGGGACAGGGAAGUUUACUGGCUAGCCAGAGAGCGAUCCAAAGUUCAGAAAGACAUCUUAGUAAUGAUCUUGGAUACCUUCGAUCACGCCAAGCUGUCUUUGCCAAAAUGGCAUCGCACACCGAAGCGCGCAUUGUACGAGAAUACCAGACGUACUCAAUUAACCUUGACGGCAACGAUUGUGCACGGGUACGGCGUGUAUAUGUUUAUUGCAGACGAGGGUCAAGCCCUGGGUUCCAACUGGACUUUUGAGGUGGCCAUGCGCUCCAUCGACAAGGCAUGGAAGCAAUCGCGGGUGAAAGCAGCUCCGUUUCCAACAGAGGUACUCCUGCAAAAGGUGGGACCACUCUUUGUCAAGCAAGGCUUGGAGUUCACCGUCGAGUUCAUCGAGACAGUGAGGCUAUGGUGUCAGUGCAUGCCGAGCACAAGCACCUUGUAUGGGGCCUACAAGACCAGAAAGUCAGAUGAAUCCCAGAACAUGAAAGUCCCGCAGUCCUUCACAUUCAUGCGGAGGGAAGUCAUGCCAAACCUUCCAGCUGCAGAUCUUGAUCAAAAGCUGCCACCACGGCUGAGAUCAGCAGGAAGCCAGAAAGAUGUUUUCGUUAUGGUCAAGGCCAACAUGAGUGAUUCAGGCCUCUCGCAACCACCCUUGCUAGUUUUUGCAGAAUCCUUCCUUCCAGCUUGCCAACAUUUCUGGAGCACCAUCAACUCUACUGAGCAGACCUGUCGAGCUGUCCUGGAUGAGGAGCGACGUCAGGAAAUCGAAUCACUCCUGAAGGCUCUUCGUGAGGACUUCCCACACUUGACCCGGACCUUCAGAUACUACGAGAGCUUGCUGAACAAUGACCGGCCAAGGCAGCCCUAUGAACAGAUUGAGUUCAUCUCCAAUGGACCAAGUGCAGCUGACCGGGUAGCCCGGUUGGAGCUGGGUCAGCGGCCUGAUCCACCGAGGCCUCAUUGGCUUCAAGUUGUUGCGAAGAAGAACCUCGGGGAACAUGUCAACGCAGUGUUUGGGGAUGUAAGCACUCGAGAGAAGGCCAGGCUCCAGUCAGUCAAUUUUGAGAGGGGCAAACCUUCUGCUUGCGUGCCCUUGCAGGUGAUUGAUCGCCUGGUGAUGUGUGCCUUUGAGAGGGAUGAUGCAAGGCCUGUCUUGACUCUAGUUCCUCGCUCAUCGUUGAAGGAACUAUGGCUGCCCCUGAGCGCGUUCAACAUCGAUAGAGAUGCCAAGAACGGGUGUCAGGGACUCAAUGAAUGGGAUGAUCGGCAAUUGGAACACCCGCAUGUCAAGGCCAUGCUUGAGAGUUUCCGUAUUGUUAGAUGUGCAUUUACUUGGUACGACAAUCCAGCUCACCACUACCUCUACAGCUUGAGAGCCUUUGCUAUCGAAAUAGUUUGUGAUUCACAGCUGCGUGCACCAGAUGGUUUCAUCGACGUGCUCCACCAACACUAUGACGGGUACCCUCACGCCUCGUCUGGUGUGAUCCUGGAAGUCCUUGCCGAUGACUUCUGGGUCCCUGGCAGCGUGAGUCGUCAGGACGACCCACAGUAUGCAGGAGUUGGACAGUUUAAGGAGGUCUUGGAGGUGACAAAAGAUGCGACCAUGAUGACUUUGAGCGCCAAGUUGGCACAGGUGAUGCUACCAAGGCGAAGGAGCCUGGACCACGAUUUGGCUGGCGUGCUCAAAGCUGCGCAGCCUUUUGAGUGGGAGCGGGUGUCAUUCAUCCUCGAGAUCCGUGGGCAUACAGUGGAGGAGUACAUCAGUAGUGCCCAGGACAGGAGCAAGAACGCCCGGGAAAGAUCGAUCUUGGCAGGGUUUGAGGCGUGGAAGGAGAAGAAGGACAGCAAGGACGAGCCUGGCCAGGAUGAAGAGGCCAAGGAUGAACCAAUGAAGGAGGAGUCUGACGAGGACAGUGGAGAGAAACCUGAUCCCACAGAAGAUGUUGAUGUUCGUGAUGUUCGCUACAAGCUUGAGACUCUUGGGAAAGAAUUUACCAUGAGAGAUCGUGGGCUGCAUGUCCGGUCUUUGACAUGGGUCUUCGACAAGGCUGCCAAGACCAACCUACCACACAUGGGCCGUGCCUUUACAGACUUGCAGGAGAAACGCCAGGAAGUUGCUGAGCAACGCCGAUUCCUGUGCGGAUCGGUGGUCUUGGAUGCUACUGUGGACUCGCUCCAGCAACGUGUUGCCAAUUGUGUUUACGAUUCGGCCCGCAAUGGAUCGCUGGGAAUUAACAAUUUUCCAGCUUUUGGUCCUGUAGUUGCAGCCUUGAAGGAGAACCCAGAACAUCAACCUGGAUCGUUCAAAGUCUGUGUUCAGAAGCAUGACAAAUUGGCAAUCUUGCAAAGCCUGGUUGCACCCUGGUUAGAUGCUGAGAAUUUGAAGGAUGAGGCCAAUGGCCUUAUCAAGGAUCAUAAUGAACGCUUCAACGUCGAGGGUGACUGGAACACUGCAGAUGCUGAAGCUCAAGAACGUCCUGCGAAACGCAUCAAGGUGGAGAAGGAAGACAAGGUGUCCGACGAGGUAGUCAACUCCUUGACUGGCCCGUGCAAAGUGCAACUCAACAACAUGGCUGAGCUGAUCACAAAUCAAGACGGCGAUUGCCUCUACAUGGUGUCCAAAGGCAAGAACCAGUUUCUGGCACAUCGGGAAUUGUUCUCAUUUGGCUCUGGAGAUUGGCGAGAUGGGCAGGAAGCGGAUGAUUGCAUGCAGGACAGUGCAGGAAGGUGGUUCCGAUUUGCAGCUGACCAGAACAUGGUUGUUGUCAUGGAGAAGACAAGGGACUUAGCUCAACACCUCCACGAGUUGAACUGCAUUGAAAGCCCAACAGUGCUCUCCAAUGUGCUCCAAGAAUUUCAAGACUCUGGAGAAGUGAAGCUUGCGCUGUCCCACCAUCACAUCAGCGACGCUGGAGAGAUCACCCCCGAGAAGCCAUUAAUCUUUGUCUUGGACCCGCCAGAUGACGGAGAAAAGAAAAAAAAGAAAAAGAAAAAAGAAAAGGGACCAACCUUAGUCAGUUUUGGGGCCAAGCUUAGCGUAAGCAAGCUGAAGGGGGCAGGCAAACUUAUGAUUGGUUGGCGAAUGAGGGUGGACAACUCAACCGCUGGAGUGAAGAAGCUAGUUCCCAUUCGACCGAUUUCGUGCCUCACUGGCCUGGUCGAUAUUGACCAAGUCAACUUCCGGCUGAUGUAG